CGUAGCAACAAAAAAAGGGUUUGCAAAAUCAAAUCAAAUCAUAAUCUGAGUAGCACUGCCAAGUGUACAUCGACGCCGGACAACUCAUUCAUUCCUCGCCGUGACUCACCAACAAUCCCUAACCCUAAUUCUUCAUCUCUUCCCAAUUACAUACCCUAAAUUCUUAUAAUUUUUUAAUUUUAUUUUAAAUUAUCGCAUAUUUUAUUCAAUUAGAUCAGAUUUCAACACCAUGCUUCACUUUUGACGAUUCUCCAACGAAUGGUUUAGUGUAUAAAUUUUUGUAAGGAACCUAUCCGUACAAAAUCAUGAGCAGCAACGACGUCGAUAAAACGAUAAAAGAAAAGGAGCCUAAGACGCCUCCAGCUGCUACGUCACAGGAGCAGUCUUCAACGACAACUGGCACUCCGGCAGUUAAUCCCGAAUGGGCUAACUAUCAGGCAUAUCCUUCUAUACCUCCACCUGGAUUCAUGGCAUCAAGUCCCCAAGCUCACCCAUAUAUGUGGGGUGUCCAGCAUAUGAUGCCUCCCUAUGGCACCCCACCACAUCCUUAUGUCGCAAUGUAUCCCCAUGGUGGCAUAUAUGCUCAUCCAUCCAUGCCUCCGGGAUCUUAUCCUUUUAGUCCUUAUGCCAUGCCUUCUCCAAAUGGUAUGGUGGAUGCUUCAGGGAAUACUCCAGGCAGCAGUGAAGCUGAUGGUAAACCUCAUGAGGUGAAGGAAAAAUUACCAAUCAAAAGAUCAAAAGGAAGUUUGGGUAGUUCAAAUAUGGUUACAAGAAAAAAUAAUGAGCUUGGUAAAACACCAGGGGCAUCUGCUAAUGGAAUUCAUUCCAAAAGUGGGGAGAGUGCAAGUGAAGGCACUAGUGAAGGAAGCGAUGAAAACUCCCAGAAUGGCUCUCAAUUGAAAUUCGGGGAGAGGCAGGAUUCUUUUGAAGAUGACCCAUCUCAAAAUGGCAGUUCAGUGCCUCAAAAUGGCGCACUUAAUACACCUCAUACAGUUGUUAACCAAACUAUGUCUGUCGUACCUAUGUCUGUUGCUGGUCCUCUCACAACAGUUCCUGGUCCCACAACUAACUUAAAUAUAGGAAUGGAUUAUUGGGGAACACCAACUUCAUCCACCAUUCCUGCAAUGCACGGAAAGGUACCUUCUACUGCAGUUGCUGGAGGAAUGGUUAAUGCUGGGCCACGAGAUGGUGUUCAUUCACAACUUUGGCUACAGGAUGAAAGGGAGCUUAAACGACAAAGGCGGAAGCAGUCUAAUAGGGAAUCUGCACGUAGAUCCAGGUUGCGAAAGCAGGCCGAAUGUGAUGAACUAGCUCAGCGUGCUGAGGUUUUGAAUCAAGAAAAUGCCUCUCUCCGUGCUGAACUGAGCCGGAUCAAGAGUGAAUACGAGAAGAUACGUUCUGAGAAUGCUUCCCUCAAGGAGAGACUCGGGGAGAUACCAAGGAACGAGGAUCUUGGGGAGGGCCAGAAUGAUCAGCAUGUGGGUGAAGGCACUCAAUAGAGUGGUUAGACAGAGGCUGUGCAGGGUGUUCACUAGGAUCUAGCUUCCUUCUUGAUGUUGCUUUUCAGGAAGAUAACAUAACCAAAUAGCAACAAGUUAUUGUUUUUGGGUAGCUUUUAGUUAAAAUCAUAUCAAAGUCGAUUGGUCAUAUGUAAUAUUAGGAUCGGUUUAUCCUAUAUGAUCCCUCAUUCGUAAUUUAUCUUGCUUUUGACGACAAAAAACGACCUGGAUUGUAGGUAGAGUGUGAACACUGGUUCAUGCCCUAUCUGCUGCAUCAAAUGUUAGUGGUUGGUUGAACUAAGAAAUGCGGCUAGUGAACCUGAGCAAUGUCCAUUAUAUGGAUUGUCGUGCUUCUGGGCUUUUGACAAUUCUACGGGGAAUAAAUAUAGCUCACGAUAUAUUUAUCACUUUUUACUUUAUGAGAUUUUGGACUUCUUAAAGCUCGGGAUUGAUUAGAAUGUGUGCGAUAUGUAGGAGAUUGCAAACUUCUACAUCAUGCAAUUUUUACAUUUUGUUUUAGGUAAAAACUAUAUGAAACAACAGUUGUAUGUAGGUGUGUUAUGUUAAUUUGGGAUUAUUUAAAUCAAUAAAUAAUUAUUAAUUUUAA